GCUCGCUCCGCUCCGGCCAUGGCCUUCCGCCGGCGGGCCAAGAGCUACCCGCUCUUCAGCCAGGAGUUCCUGAUCCACAACCACGCGGACAUCGGCUUCUGCCUGGUGCUCUGCGUGCUCAUCGCGCUCAUGUUCGAGGCAACAGCCAAGACUGCCUUCCUAUUCAUCUUACCUCAGUACAACCUUAGCGUGCCUACAGCAGCUUCAGCUUGUAGUAAUUGCAGCCGCUCUGAAAGGACCCAGUCUCCAGGCCCCUUUUCUCAGUUUCUCGUUAUUGACCCGGCAUUUAGCCCGUGCGUAGAACUGGCACUGACGUGGGUAACCCCAGAGCCGACAUGGGCCGAUGAUUUCAUUUGCUUAGAACUUGCUUCUCCUCUUCUCUUUCAGGAAGGAUACUUAUCAAACCCGAGAAGCUGGUGGGAAAACUACCCUCAUGUUUUUCUCCCGUUCCAGGUGAAGUUUUUCUACCUUUGCCAGCUGGCCUACUGGCUGCAUGCACUGCCUGAGCUGUACUUCCAGAAGGUGCGCAAGGAGGAGAUUCCUCGUCACCUGCGGUACAUCAGCCUGUACCUGAUGCAUAUAGCUGGAGCAUACCUUUUAAACCUAACCCGCCUGGGGCUUAUCCUUUUGCUGCUGCAGUACUUUGCUGAAUUCCUCUUCCACAUGGCCCGUCUCUUCUACUUCACGGAUGAGAACAACGAGAAGCUGUUUAAUGCCUGGGCAGUGGUGUUCGUGAUCACCCGGCUCUUCACCCUCACCCUUUCCGUGCUGGUCAUUGGCUUUGGGCUGGCUCGGGCGGAGAACCAGACGUUCGACCUGGAGAAAGGAAACUUCAACACUCUGCUUUCCAGGAUGUUUGUGCUGUCCCUGGUGUGCCUCUUCCAGACCUGGAUGAUGUGGCAUUUCAUCCGGUUCCAGCUGCGGCGCUGGCGGGAGUACCGGGACGAGCAGAGCGCGAGGCAGAGAGCCGCCGCCCUCACCAAACAGCAGUCCAAGCCCAUCAAGAGGGAGUCGGGUUACCAUGAAAACGGAGUAGUGAAAGCCGAGAACGGAACCUCCCCCCGCACCAAGAAGCUCAAGUCUCCGUAGAGCUGAAGGCUCGUCUGCCAGGGAGGAGGGCGAGAGACCAGGACUAGGCACCAGCCCCUCUCUCGGCCUCCCAGGUGCUGAAUGGCUUGGAAAGUCUCAUCUCCCCUCCCUCCCCCAAAAACCUUUUGCAAUAAAACCAAAAAACCUUGCUCCAUCACAUGGCCUGUAGGAGCCAGACCCAAACCUCCCAUCCUCUCCUUCCUCUCAGUUUUAUCGUCAAUCAGCGUGCAAUUUUUCCCCCUCUUCUUGAGUGUUUUUUCUUCCUCUUGUGUUUUUGUUACAAAGCAAAUGGUUCCAAGCAAACAAUCCCUUUCCUAAAGCAGGUUCUUCCCCUACCCUCUGGGCAUUGCCCUGCGUCCUGGCCUCGGAGGGACAGGUGGCUGCUUUAAGAUGCCCGGUGACCAUGAGGGUAGAGGUUUGGGGAGCUGGGGGAGCCAUGCCCUGUGCGCAGAGCACCUCUCGGUAUCAAGGUGGCGUCCUUGGGUGGUGUUGCCACGGCUGGAGUUCCUGGGUGAAUUGCAGAGCAGCCUUGCAUCCAGCACGCCCAGCAGGAUUGCAGAGGCGGGUCAGGUCUGGAUAGGGCCUGUUGCAUCAGGGCACAGGGAGGUGACCUCAGAUGUGCUUUGCAUCAUGCUGGAGUUCCGGCAAGUGGCAUCCCUAGCAGUCUGCGGCAGGAGAUGAGCUCUGAGGCCGAUUCUGCCCACGUGUCUCCCUCCCUUAGGUCCGGUGACUAGGCUCUGCCUCUGCCCUGCAAUUGCUAGUGCCUUACUUGGGAUGAUGUCACCCAGGGAGUAGCUCAGGCCAAACUCAGUUGAGGAAGUGUAAGCCCUGAGACCCCCACCAGCAGGUCAGCUCUGGUCCCACACCUCGCUGCUCCUUCAGGAUGUGCCGCUUUACCUCACCUAAGUGCUGGCUUAAUCCUGUGGCGUUGUGUUCGCGUAGCACUCGUGCUGCAUGCAGGAGAGCAGAUUCCCUGCCACUCAGAGUUUAUCUGUAAUGGGGCCUUUCACCUCAUGCCUCACCACUGCCCUGAGCUGCCCCGGCCACCCUAGGCCAGCUGUGCCCUCUCUGCUCCGGCUGCAGCCACCAACUUGUCUUUCCGCUUCACGGGCCUCAUAUCCCCUGAGGGGAUUGUUAAUCCCUUCCUGGGCUGGGUGAGAAUAGCAGAGAGCAGCCUGUGGAAGUGGGAGUGCCUCUCGCCCAAUCCAUGCCACCGCCCUCCCCAGCUGGUGGAUGGAAUCAUCUCAAAUCUACCUCAGAGGCCGCCUCUUUCAUAUGAUCACUCUCCCUCGACCCGUUGUUGGCUGCGUAUGUUGGAAGGAGAUAUGCGGGAAUUGUUCAAGCACCCAUUGAUUCUGUCCACUGCCCUCUUCUGAAUGAAUAGAGCCAUCCCACUUGAAGGGCUCUUUCAGUGCCAUGUGCUGGUCAAGACUGGCCAGGUUGCCCUGCAGCAGAGGGUAUUUCUCUCUGAGGAAGGUUUCCAUAAGCCAGACUUUGCAGUGGGCAUGGUUCAGUGCAGUGAGGUGACUUGGUGCUGCCCUUCUGCUUCGCUGAGGUGGGAGCUUCCCUCUUGGCAAAGCUGGCUCAGCUGCCCUUUCUGUUGGGUGAUGGGUAGCAUUUCCCUUUGGCUGAGCAUGGAGAGGGUGUCGCUGCUCCCAAAGGGGCAGGGAGAGAGGCAGGCAGGGGGUGAAGUGUCAUGGAAUCUCUUCUAAUGCAGAUUGGGAUCAGGGUUCUUCCUUCCUAGCUGGAGUGAGUGACAUGGGCCAGAAUAAACCAAACAUGAUGUUCCUGACUUGUUUCAUGCUCCUCCCUGUGGCCUUUCUUACUGGAGGCGUUUGUAACUCAUGCUCUCUGGCCUUUUGUUUUUUGGGGUGGUGAAAGGAACUGGCUGGCUGUGCUGCUUUCACAGAUUUUGAGUCCUCUCCACACCUGUUCUCUCCCCAGCACGGGCAGGGGCUGCCAAUGUGGGAGACAGAAUACCUGGGAGCCUCAAUGCAGCCGGUCAGAUUCCAUUCCUUCCCCCAUGCCCCAGGAGCCUUGAAUGUCUAAGGAGAGCCACUAGCUGGGAUCUCCCAGGGAUCUUCCUCCUGCUCCCCAGUAUCUUGGAGCAGAACACCUGGGAACACCUUGUGACUGUCCCUCCUUGUCCCUGACUGGACAGAUACUAGCAAAGCCAGCACUUGGGCAGAGCAGCAGAACCAGGCAGGAAAGGAAUGUUACACCAGCGAGCGAGUGAGUGAGCUGGGACACAUACUGUUGGCCCCCGGGCCUAGCACAGUUCACCCUUCCAUCCCUUUCCCCUUUCUCGUUCGCUCCCAGCGGGGAGGGGAUCACUGAGCCCUGCAGGGAGUGACUGCUCCCCAGACCUCUUCAGAGCUGGAGCUGGCCUUGCUCUUCCGAUGUCAAAGACUUACUGCAGCUGAGGAGCUGAGCCUCCCAGUUAAAAGGUGGCUUGUUGUCAGAUCCAAAUAAACCAGACUGCUGAAUGAUUCCUUCCCCCCGCCUGCCCUGCUCCAGGCAGCCUCUCCUCUGGCACAAGCCUGCGAGGCCGUAAAAUAGCUGAUUGUCUCUCUAUAUCAAGUGCCUUACAUUGCGGUAUCGUCUGUACUCUCUUGCCUAUGCGCUGCCUCAAUGACUCCGUGCCCUCAGGCUUGUGUAUAGGUCUGAUGUGUAUGUUCUAUAUUUAGUCACUGGGGAAAGGGACAGUUCACACUGGAAGUAGCCCCUCGUUUUCUAUGCCUUUUCAAUUUCCUCGGUGACUAAAAUCCCCUUCCCUUUUUCUGCCUAGAUCGGUCGGCCAUUGCAGUGAUGCCCCUUGGCUGCCAUUUCACAGGCAUCGCUGGGGUCAUUUGUGGCUGGAGGGGCUCCCAUCCCAUCCCAUCGCUCCCUCCCAACACAGAAACUCUUGCACCUCUCUCCUCCAGUACACAUACCGUCUCUGGCUCUGCGGUCACUGGUGCAGCUCUCCUUGCAUUUCCUAGCAAACCAAAACUUCCUCUCUAUCCUGGAGAACCUCUUCCUCAUAGAGAUGGAUUCUUUUCUUUUCCAGUCUUUAGUGUUAACUCUUUUAUCGACCAAUCCAUGUACAAAGGUGCAGAGCGCUGGGGGAAAGAGAGACCCACUUCUCAAAUGGGUCGUCUUCUUCGGCCCCAUCCCACAAAGUGCUGCGCAUCUUCUGCAACAGUUUGAGUGCCCCCAUCUGCUAGAAAGCUGAGGGCACUUAGAAUCAUGCAGAAUUGGGACCUGGGUCCUGGAUUCAGUGUUAUAGCACCGCUACUCCACUCCCUCCUGGGUUGUGCAAUAAUCCGCCUGGAUCGUGGUCACUCCUGCAGUGCUUGCAUCCAUCACCAAACCCUGGGAGGGGAAUAUCCCUGAGAUGAGGUCAAGUUGUGAUAAUUGCAUGGAGCACAGAAUGUCUCCUCACCUGGGCUAUGGCAAAGUCUCUUAAGAACCAGCAGUUCUUCUCCCUCUCCUUGUCCCAAAUGGAUCUUAGAGGGGUGGAUGUUGGGGAGAAUGUAGCAUUUUGCAGAUCAGUAUCUUU